AUGAAGUCCGCUGUUUCUCUCCUCGCCCUAGCCGGCGCGGCCGCUGCGGCCGACCUACCAUCCAUCGUCGCGAAGGGCUCCAAAUUCUUCUAUCCCAACGGCACUCAGUUCUUCAUGAAGGGUAUUGCCUACCAGCGUGACAUUGGUGCUGCUGGCGCCAAGUCUGACCCGACCUCCAAGUACAUGGACCCUCUCGCCGACAAGGACGCCUGCAAGCGAGAUGUUCCCUACCUCCAGGACCUUAACAUCAACAUUGUCCGAACCUACGCCAUUGACCCCAAAGAGGACCACUCUUACUGCAUGGGACUCCUACAGGAUGCCGGCAUCUACGUCGUCUCGGAUCUCUCCGAGCCCGCCACUUCCAUCAACCGCGACGACCCUCAGUGGAACACUGUGCUAUUCGACCGCUACAAGGCUGUCGUCGACGAGAUGAGCAAGUACUCUAACGUUGUUGGCUUCUUUGCCGGCAACGAAGUCAGCAACUCUGCCAACAACACAGGCGCUUCUGCCUUUGUCAAGGCCGCCGUUCGCGACACCAAGAAGUACAUCAAAGAUAACCAGAAGCGCUGGAUUGGUGUUGGCUACGCCGCCAACGACGACAAGGAUAUUCGCAAGGAGAUUGCCGACUACUUCAACUGCGGAAAGGCGGAGGAGUCUAUUGACUUUUGGGGAUACAACAUCUACUCCUGGUGCGGCAAGAGCUCUAUGCAGAAAUCUGGCUAUGACCAGCAGGUCAAGUUCUUCCAGGAUUUCAGCGUUCCUGUUUUCCUUGCCGAGUACGGCUGCAACAUCCCCAACGGUGCCAAGGGCCGCCUGUGGGAAGAAACUACUGCUCUCUACAAGGACGAGAUGACAGGUGUCUUUAGCGGCGGUCUCGUCUACAUGUACUUCCAGGAGGAGAACGAUUAUGGUGUUGUUAAGGUUGACAGCGGCUCUGUUGAGAAGCAGGAUGACUAUGACGGUCUGAAGAAGGCUCACGCUGAUGCUGACCCCAAGGGUGUGACGAUGGACAAGUACACCGCCUCUGGCCAGGCCGCGCAGUGCCCCUCGGUCUCCAAGGCCUGGCAAGCUGCCUCCCAGCUCCCUCCUACCCCCGACAAGGAUCUCUGCAAGUGCAUGGCCGACUCUCUUGAAUGCGUGGUCGCCGACAACCUUGACGAGAAGAGCUAUGGUGAUCUCUUCGGCAACAUCUGUGGCGCCAAGGGCAAGCCCUGCGCCGGCAUCCUCAGUGCCCCCAACCUCGGCAACUACGGUGCUUACAGCAUGUGCAGUGCUAAGGAAAAGCUCUCCUUCGUCCUUGAUGCCUACUACCAGCUCAACGGCAAGAGCUCGGAUGCUUGUGGCUGGAAGGGCGCCAAGAUCCAGAAGGGCAACACCGCAUCCGACUGCCAGUCCCGCCUCAAUAGUGCCAAGGAGCUGAACAAGGCUGUCGCCACUGCUACCGCCAACGUUGCCGCCCCCAGUGCGACCGGCGGCAGCGGCGGCAGCGGCAAGAAGGAGAACUUUGGUGUUCGCACCUCUCCCUCUGGCGUCCUCGCCGCUGGUGUGGUUGCUAUCGCUGCUCUCCUUGCCCUUUCCUUGGAGCUGUCGCGGUCGCUGGCGCCUGAUGGCAACAACGGACCCCGUCAUCUUCGCACUUCUCAUCUCACGCUAUCGCCACGAAUUGCAUCCGCACGACACCCAUCGAUCUACAGCAUAGUCGAACCUUGUUUCCGCGCCUAUUUUCAUAUCUUUAGUCUAACUCCCAAGCUCCCCGAGCUUGACCAGCCAAGAUGCUCGCAGGGUCAAGGUCAAUCUGGCAUGGGAGGCGGAGAAGGACGAGAGGAUAAGGAUAAGAAGAAGGAUAAGCCCAAGUACGAGCCUCCCCCCCGGCCCACGACCCGAGUCGGCCGCAAGAAGCGCAAGCAGGGCGGCACGAGCGCCGCCGCCAAGCUUCCCGCUGUUUUCCCCACGAGCCGAUGCAAGCUGCGCCUGCUCCGCAUGCAGCGCAUCCACGAUCACCUGCUGCUCGAGGAGGAGUACGUCGAGAACCAGGAGCGUUUGCGCAAGGCCAAGGCUGCCAAAGAGGGUCAGGUAACCUCUUCUGAAGCCGACGCUGACCGAAACGCCGACGAGCGUAGCCGCGUUGAUGACAUGCGAGGCAGCCCCAUGGGUGUCGGCACGCUCGAGGAGCUGAUUGACGACGAUCAUGCCAUUGUUAGUAGCACGACAGGCCCUGAAUACUAUGUCAGCAUCAUGAGCUUCGUCGACAAAGACCUUUUGGAACCCGGCGCCAGUGUUCUCCUGCACCACAAGAGCGUCAGUAUUGUCGGCGUGCUCACAGACGACACAGACCCGAUUGUCAGCGUCAUGAAGCUGGACAAGGCGCCCACAGAGUCAUACGCCGACAUUGGUGGUCUGGAGCAGCAGAUCCAGGAAGUAAGAGAGUCUGUCGAGCUGCCGCUGCUACAUCCCGAGCUGUACGAGGAGAUGGGUAUCAAGCCGCCCAAGGGUGUUAUUCUGUACGGUGCUCCAGGUACCGGUAAAACCCUGUUGGCUAAGGCGGUGGCGAAUCAAACAUCAGCGACAUUUCUGCGUAUUGUCGGUAGUGAGCUGAUUCAAAAAUAUCUUGGUGAUGGUCCACGCCUGGUCCGACAACUGUUCCAGGUUGCCGGAGAAAACGCGCCAUCUAUUGUAUUCAUCGACGAGAUUGAUGCCAUCGGUACAAAGCGUUACGAUUCUACGUCGGGCGGCGAGCGGGAAGUCCAGCGCACCAUGCUGGAGCUGCUCAACCAGCUCGACGGCUUCGACGACCGCGGCGACGUGAAGGUCAUCAUGGCGACAAACAAGAUCGACACCUUGGACCCGGCGCUGAUCCGCCCGGGCCGCAUUGACCGCAAGAUCCUGUUCGAGAACCCCGACACCAACACGAAGCGGAAGAUCUUCACGCUGCACACGUCCAAGAUGAACCUGGGUGACGACGUGGACCUGGAGGAGUUCAUCUCGCAAAAGGACGAUCUGUCGGGUGCGGACAUCAAGGCCAUCUGCUCCGAGGCGGGGAUGAUGGCGCUGCGUGAGCGCCGUAUGCGCGUGCAGAUGGCCGACUUCCGCACAGCGAGGGAGCGUGUGCUCAAAACGAAGCAGGAGGGCGAGCCGGAGGGUCUGUACUUGUAG